AUGAAGUGCUGUGAAGGAAAAGUGACUCGAUUCGCUCCUGAGCUCACCGCGGAUUCGUCAUUUUCAAAAGGAAAUCAAAGCUCUUGCCGUCACGGAUGUUCCCGAUCCUUUGUGGAUUCGCAGCGUCGUUUCGCCGCUCAACUCCUCUCCAUCAUGCAUCAAGAGGAAGAGCAACAAAAGAGGCAUUUCAGUCGACAGGUGUCCUCAUCCGGCUCCUCUGAUGAAUCGUCAUCUUCAUCGAAAAAAUCGCUCAUCAAGAAGUUGUCUCACAUCUUCAAACAC